UAUCUCAAAACUUGAUUAUUCUUCUGUUUUUUUCAAAAGUAAACGAUGUCUUAUUUUAGUACAUUUGGGGUUCAUGGGUGGUGGGUAGUGGUUAUGGUGAUGUUGGUGGUGAUGGUAGAAGCGACACCACCAGGGAUCGCUAAUAAUCCAAGCCAUGCGACGUGCAAGAUUAAAAAGUAUAAACAUUGUUAUAAUUUGGUGCAUGUUUGUCCAAAGUUCUGUCCUAAUCAAUGUUACGUAGAAUGUGCCUCUUGUAAGCCUAUUUGUGGUAGUGGUGGUGAUGAUGCUAAUCCUCCACCGGAGGAUACUCCCACUCCACCAUCCCAAACUUAUUAUUCUCCUCCACCUCCGGUGGCUGUAACCCCGAGCCCUCCUGCUUUAAAUCCUAGUCCCCCACACUCUCCCCCAUUACCUUCACCGACACCAACACCGGUCACUCCUUCUCCUUCUCCUCCUCCACCGGUAACUCCUUCUCCUUCUCCUCCUCCACCGGUAACUCCUUCUCCUUCUCCUCCUCCACCAGUAACUCCCUCUCCUUCUCCUCCUCCACCUGUAACUCCUUCUCCUUCUCCUCCUCCACCGGUAACUUCUUCUCCUUCUCCUUCUCCACCGGUAACUCCUUCUCCCUCUCCUCCUCCACCGGUAACUCCUUCUCCUUCUCCUCCUCCAUACUCUGAAACUCCAAGCACCCCUCCGACUACUUCGACGCCUCCUCCUGUUACUUCAACACCACCUCCUGCAAAUCCCAAUCCUCCGAAAUCUCCACCGACAAACCAACCUUCAUCACCACCGCCUCCAACGCAUACCAACCCUCCAUCAAACCCCACCCCUCCCACUGUAUCACCGCCUCCUCCAGUUACUUCAACACCACCUUCUGAAAAUCCUAAUCCUCCGGCAUCGCCUCCGACAAACCACCCUCCAUCAACACCUCCAGAAAAUCCCACCCCUCCUGAAAAUUCCAACCCUCCAUCAACACCUCCAACAAACCCCAACACUCCGUCGACACCACCAUCUGAAACUCCCAACUCCCCACCUAUUAACACUCCUUCGCCGGCUCCUCAAACACCAUCUCCUCCAGCUUCAACUCCACCAUCUUCAUCGGCUGGUGCAACAAAGAGAGUUAGAUGCAAAAAUGCAAAAUAUCCUCAAUGUUACAACAUGAUUCACAAUUGUCCUAGCGCUUGCCCUAAUGGAUGUCAAGUUGAUUGUGUUACUUGCAAACCUGUCUGCCAUUGUGACAGACCAGGAGCUGUAUGCCAAGACCCACGUUUUGUCGGCGGCGACGGUAUAACCUUCUACUUCCACGGCAAAAAGGACAAAGAUUUCUGUCUCGUUUCCGACCCCAACCUCCACAUCAACGCCCAUUUCAUUGGAAAACGAAACCCUUCCUUGAAACGAGACUUCACUUGGAUAGAAUCCCUAGCUAUCCUCUUCAACAACCACCGUCUUUUGAUCGCCGCCCAAAAGACUGAUGUUUGGGACGAUUCCAUCGACCGCCUCAAUAUUGUCCUCGACGACCACCCAAUGGCCCUCCCAAUAUCGGAAGGCAGCCAAGUACAACACCCAACCGAAAACCCCACUGUCAUCAUCGUUCGACUAGCGGCAACAAACCACGUGAUGGUGGAAGCCAAAGGACUGUUUAGAAUCACAGCCAAGGUGGUGCCAAUAACAAAAGAGGAUUCAAGGAUUCAUAACUAUGGAAUAGAGGAAGGGGAUUCGUUUGCACAUUUGGAUGUAGGGUUUAAGUUUUUUGAGUUGAGUGAGGACGUGAAUGGGGUUUUGGGGCAGACUUAUGGAGCUGGGUAUGUGAGUAGUAUCAAUGUGAAGGCAGCUAUGGCAGUCAUGGGGAGAGGGAAGGAGUUCGAAACUUCUAGCUUGUUUGCGGCAGAUUGCGCUGUCUCUAGAUUUGGCGGCGACGGCAUUGUUGGCGGUAGAGAUGAGACUAUAUGAAGUUUUGGGUUUUGAAGACAUAAACAUUGGGAAUUAUAUUGAACAAAGGAAUUUUAUAUGAUUUGUAAGAAUAAUAAAAAUGCAUUGGAAGGAAACUUGUUUAAAGAUCUCCGAUGGAAAUAUCAUUCUAAUUACUACUAUAAGUAAUACAUAAUAAUACUAUAUAACUUUUUCUUUCCUUAAA